AUGCGUCUCUCAACAACGGCCCUUACGUCUCUGCUGCUGGCUGGAUCAGCUGCUGUUGUCUCUGCGUUUGAGGACUCGUCGCCUUUCCUCCUCCUCUCAUCUCAAAGAUAUCCUUCCGUAUCAGAUGUCAAGUCUAGCUCUAUCCUUACGGCGUCUCACUUUGAGUCAGUUGCCUACGACGCCAUCUCCACCUGCUCAUCGGACACAUAUAUACUCGUCUCCCAGCCUGGAGUACAUGCUGCAGAUUUCGGUGCUCGCAACUCACCACAUCUGAAGAGGGCUUUGGAAACUGCGGAGAGUGUUUUGCAGGUGCCAUAUGGACGUGGUGCUGUUGAUGCAGAGCGUUUGGAGCAGGCUGCAGUUCAGUGUGGUGCGGAGGUCUUGACCGUGGAUGCGCAGGCGGGUACAUUCCCAGUGCUUGAGGAGGACAAGAAGCAGGUUAUCAAGGUGGAGUUUGCGCCGCUACCUCGCGAGGCUGAGGCUCGCGCAGAUGCUGUUGCGCAGAACGAUGGCUUCCUCUACGCUCUGCUUUCGUCGCUCGGCUCGUCCGCCGAUUACACCCUCGUCUAUACCUCUACUCCCCCGGCAGACUCGCCAAUGCAUGUUAAGCGAUCGAACGUGAUCACCCAACGCAGGUUGGCUUCUCUCGAUGCUACCUCAAACUUGAAGAAGACCGGUUUGUUUGCUACAUACCAGUUCGUGACGCCAGCAAUUUUCAUGAGCCUUCUCGUAAGUUUCAUUCUGUUGGCAAUUUUGAGCGUCGCUAUCUCCACCAUGGCUGGCAUGAAGGUGUCAUACCGUGCCUUUGACACCGAUAAGGCGAGCGGGUUGAAGAAGAACCAAUAA